UGGCGUGCGAAUCGGAAAACAUUCGUGUUUGUGGUUAGUUUUACAUUUCUUGCAAAAUCAAGAUAAUUCCGCAAGAAAGCACCAAUUAUUUGCAUUCCCUAAGCUGGAUAGUCACCCAGCCACGAUGUCGAAACGUAGGCUAGACGUGCUUGACCCGUUCAUCAAGAAGAAACGAGAAGAACGCGGUAUAUCCACGGCGGUAACGACUGCACCCGUCAAGAACGCAUCUCAGAAUCCACUCACUGGCCUGCCUUACACCCCCAAAUAUCAUGAGCUCUUCAGGAAGAGAAUUCAACUGCCUGUGUUUGAGUACAAAACUGAAUUUAUGAAGCUAUUGGAUGAGAACCAGUGCAUUGUCUUGGUGGGUGAGACUGGUUCUGGUAAGACCACACAGAUUCCACAAUGGUGUGUGGAGUUUUCAUUAACUAAGGGCACAAAGGGUGUGUGUUGUACACAGCCCAGGAGGGUGGCAGCUAUGAGUGUGGCAAUGAGGGUUUCUGAGGAAAUGGAUGUGGCAUUGGGGCAGGAAGUUGGUUAUAGCAUUCGUUUUGAGGACUGUUCAUCACCUAAAACCGUUUUAAAAUAUAUGACAGACGGUAUGUUGCUGCGUGAGGGUAUGAGCGAUCCAAUGUUAGAUGCAUACCAAUGUAUCCUGCUUGACGAAGCUCACGAACGUACCCUUGCCACCGACAUCCUAAUGGGUGUCCUCAAAGAAGUAAUCAAACAGCGCAAAGAUUUAAAAUUGGUUAUUAUGUCUGCCACAUUGGAUGCCGGCAAGUUCCAGCAGUACUUCGACAACGCACCCUUAAUGAACGUCCCCGGCCGAACUCAUCCCGUCGAAAUCUUCUACACCCCAGAACCAGAGCGUGAUUAUCUCGAAGCGGCAAUCCGUACGGUGAUUCAAAUUCACAUGUGUGAAGAGAUCGCCGGUGACGUUUUACUCUUCCUCACCGGGCAGGAAGAGAUUGAAGUUGCAUGCAAACGCAUAAAGCGAGAAAUUGAUAAUUUAGGACCGGAUGUCGGCGAAUUGAAAUGCAUCCCUUUGUAUUCCACGCUGCCUCCUAGUUUGCAACAGCGUAUCUUUGAGGAACCACCGGCAAAUAAAGCCAAUGGUGCCAUUGGUAGAAAGAUUGUUGUUUCAACCAAUAUUGCUGAAACAUCUUUAACCAUUGAUGGCGUUGUAUUCGUUAUUGAUCCAGGUUUCGCCAAGCAGAAAGUUUAUAAUCCGCGUAUAAGAGUCGAGUCAUUGCUGGUGUCGCCGAUUAGUAAAGCGUCCGCACAGCAACGCGCUGGACGUGCUGGACGUACACGUCCAGGAAAAUGUUUCCGUUUGUAUACAGAGAAGGCGUACAAACACGAAAUGCAGGAUAAUACAUACGCGGAGAUUCUACGUUCGAAUUUGGGUUCGGUGGUGUUGCUUAAAAAAUUGGGUAUCGAUGAUUUGGUCCACUUUGAUUUCAUGGAUCCGCCGGCGCCCGAAACACUGAUGAGAGCACUGGAGUUGUUGAAUUAUCUAGCUGCGCUGGAUGACGAUGGAAACUUGACUGAUUUGGGUGCGGUGAUGGCCGAAUUUCCGCUGGAUCCUCAAUUGGCGAAAAUGUUGAUUGCCAGUUGCAACCACAAUUGUUCCAAUGAAAUCUUAUCUAUAACGGCCAUGUUGUCAGUCCCACAGUGUUUCUUGCGCCCCAACGAAGCGAAGAAGGCAGCCGACGACGCCAAGAUGCGCUUCGCCCACAUUGACGGCGAUCAUCUCACGCUACUCAAUGUGUACCAUGCCUUCAAACAAAAUAUGGAGGAUCCUCAAUGGUGUUACGAUAAUUUCGUAAAUUAUCGUUCUUUGAAGUCCGCUGACAACGUUCGACAACAAUUGUCGCGUAUCAUGGAUCGUUUCAACCUGAAACGCACGUCCACGGACUUCACCAGCAAAGAUUACUACUUGAACAUACGCAAAGCAUUGGUAAAUGGGUUCUUUAUGCAAGUUGCACAUUUAGAACGUACCGGGCAUUAUCUAACAAUAAAAGACAACCAAGUAGUACAACUUCAUCCAUCUACGUGUCUGGACCACAAACCUGAGUGGGUGAUUUACAAUGAGUUUGUUUUGACGACCAAGAACUAUAUCAGAACUGUCACGGACAUCAAACCUGAUUGGUUAUUGAAAAUUGCACCACAAUACUAUGAUCUUGCGAAUUUUCCUCAGUGCGAGGCCAAGCGACAGCUGGAAAUCCUGCAAACGCGCCUGGAGUCGAAGCAGUUCCAACAGGGUUUUUAAUUUUGCUGCUUUUUUUCUCUCGUUGAAUGGAGUAUAUACGACUAUGUGAAUGCCGUGUAAAAUAGUUCUCUUCUUCCCUUUAAUCAAGUAAUUACUUAAUUAUACUGACACCAACAUUUAUUUGUGUGUUGCAUUCCAAACAAAGAAUAAACACAGUGAAGAAUAAUAAUAAAAGCAAAUUUGCUUUACAUUUAGAA